GGGGCGUGUGUGUGCCUCGAGGACCUUUCUCUCAGAUUGCCUCCUCUUUCACUCUUUGGGCACGCCAUGGGAGUCCAAGAAGAGAAGCUAGUUGAGAAAAUCUCAGAGAUCUAUGACCGCAUCUCAAAACUCCCAAGCCUUAGCCCAUCCAAGGAAGUGAACUCCCUCUUCACCGAGCUAGUUCUCACAUGCAUCCCUCCAAGCACCAUAGAUGUUUCCAAGCUUGGGAAAGGAGUCCAGGAGAUGAGAUCCAAGCUCAUCCAACUGUGUGGCCAGGCCGAAGGCCUCUUGGAAAGCCACUACUCCGACAUUCUAGCGAACACCUACGACAACCCCGUCGCGCAUUUGAACCUCUUCCCCUACUACUCCAACUAUCUCCAGCUGAACCUACUGGAGCACACCUUGUUAGACCGGCACCUCUCGAGCCCACCGACCCGGGUGGCCUUCGUGGGCUCGGGGCCUCUGCCCCUGAGCUCGCUGGUGCUGGCCGCGCGGCACAUGAGGGGCGCCCGGUUCCAUAACUAUGACCUGGACCCGAGCGCGACCGCGCGGGCGCGGCGCCUGGCGCGCGCCGACCCGGACCUGGGGGCGCGCGUGGCCUUCCACACCGCCGACCUCUUCGGCCUCGCCCGCGAGCUCGCGGGCCACGACGUGGUCUUCCUGGCCGCGCUCGUCGGUGUCGAGCGCGAGGAGAAGCUCCGGGCCGUCGAACACCUGGCGCGGCACAUGGCGCCCGGUGCUCACCUCGUCGUCCGGAGCGCCCACGGGGCCCGGGCCUUCCUCUACCCCGUGGUGGAGCCCGGAGAUCUCAAGGGGUUUGAGGUGCUGGAGGUCUACCACCCCAGUGAUGAGGUGAUAAACUCGGUGAUCAUAGCCAGGAAGCCGCCGCAUAUUGGGAUAGGGACGGGGGCCGUGAUGAGGACUUGCAAGUGCUGUGAGAUGAUGCAAGGGAUCCAUCACUUGGGGCAUGUGGCCAUGAUUGAAGAGAUGGCACUGGAGGAGCUGCCCUCGUGAGAAUGGGAGAUUAGUUUCUCUUGGAUGGCUAGGUUGAUGUUAUGGUUAUUAUGUCUUUCUUCUAACUGUUGCUUUUAAUAAUGUGCUCAUGAUGCAUGAUGUGUGGGUUACCAUAAUUUGUGUUUUGGCUUUCAAAUAUGUACUAGUAAGUGGGAGGCGACAUUGUUGUCUUUCAGUUGGAAGCACAGUUUAUUUCGUUCUAAUCAUGAAUUUUAU